UUACUGCUUGUUGUGCUCAACGGGGAAUUUCUUUAUUGCUCUAAUUAAUUUAAAGAUUUUUUAGUUAGUUCACGUAUUGUUUCUCAAAUAUAUGUAUCACAUCAUACUUUUUCAAAUUUAAUUAGUAUAAUUGUGUACGUUCUUAGGGAAGGCAAAGCCAGCGUUUGUCAUAGCUUUUACAAUUAUUUCAUAUAAACGUGUUAGAUAGUACAGUAAAUAUAUUAAGAGCAGAUUUAACCAUUUUGUGAUUCAAACCUUUCUGCCAGACGAUAAUUGCAGACUUCAUGAGUUAUUUAUACCACCAGCUCAAAAUGUAUUACUUUGAAAGUAAAUAGGAUUUACUGUUAUCCUUCCUAAAUAAUAAUAUUAAUAACGUGUAAUCUUGUCAAUACAGAUGAGAAUGUCACAAGAUACAGAGCUAUAUAAUGAAAUGAUUAUAAUUUGUUGCCAUCUCUUGUUUGUGACCGUUACAAUGUAAAGGGGCCAUGUCGUGCCAUCUGUAUCUGAAACUUUUCCUUGUCCAUUGCUAUAAACUCACUCAUUCUCUCUCUCUAUAUAUGUCUCUCUCUCUCUCGCACACACACAACUAGAUCACACAAACAAUGAUUCCUUACGGCGGCAUGCUCAAGGGAUCAUUCGAAUGUCAACAACUUCAAGUAUCCUCCAUUAUCAGAGAUGUGAACUACAGCUGUGGUUCGUGUGGUUAUGAGCUGAACUUGAACUCCAGCAACCGCAACACUGGUCUCAUAGACUCAAAGUCCAUAAAGAGAGGCAUAAUUUCCUUCUUCUCUGUGGAUGAGAGCAGGUUCACUCAGAUCCAGCAACUUCCCUGGUCAUUUUGGAUACCCUUUUUCAACUCCAAGCGCCAACAAAGAACCAAGCUCCUUUGCCGCAACUGUGCCAGCCACUUGGGCUAUGCCUACACUUUGCCCUCCCAAUCCCAAUCCUGGGAUGGCAUCUCUGAUGAUUCCAGAAUUUAUGAUAUAAAACUCACCGCUUUGUUACCUUCCUUCUGCGAGGAAUCAUCUCAAAGGUUAGAGGAUAUGGCCAAGUACGAGAGUGCAUCUUCCACUGUGGUGUUCUAAUUCUAUUACCUCCACACAAGGUUUGGAAUGAAAUCAGCAAGAUGCUCAUAAUCGGUGAGAGCGUUCCAAAUGGAUUCAAUGUCAGCAUUGACAGAAAUUUCAGCCUUAACUCUCCUUUCCCUCCAAGAAAC